GGUAUCAAGUGUUCUAAAAUAGCAAGCGACAUUCAGGGAAACCGGCGUUCUCCUCACACAGAUAUUCUGUCUUGAUGGUACAUGACGAGUUUUGAGGGCACCAUACCGAAUGUUCCAGACGCUUAUCAGUAAGACAAGGUAUAUCUGAUCUUGGUCACUCGUUCUCUCUGCCAACCAAGAUGUCACCUAUAACAGCAGUCUUAGCAGUUUGUUUGGUCUUUCCAUCAGUAGCGGCCGACUGUCUGAAUGGCUGGACACGGUUUGACAACUCAUGCUACAGAGUGUACCGAAACGGAACCGAAUGGCCGCUGGCAGUGUUUGACUGUGAGAAGAAGAGUGGCUACCUCGCGCAGUUCGAGACUGCAAGCAAGAUACAAAACGCCCAUGCACUGAUGAGAGAACUCAAUGGCAAAGUGGAUGAUAAAAUAUGGAUCGGAGCGUCGGACGUUCGACACGAGAAUGUUUGGGUCUGGGAGAACAGUCGGCAGAACGUGACUAUAUUUGACUGGGGUGGAAAGGAACCCAACCAGGGCAGCAGCUCAACCCAGCAAGAUUGUGUGAUGAUGUAUGGCAAAUAUGACUUCAAAUGGGCUGAUGAUAUAUGCACGUCUCAUUUCCAGUAUCUCUGCGAGAGACCACUUUCUGCAAGUCUCUGAUCGUGAAACUCUGGAUGCAAAUAGGUUAAUAAAGAAUCAAACAUCAA